GAGAUGCUAGAGCACAAGUACGGGGGCCACCUGGUGUCGCGGCGGGCGGCCUGCACCAUCCAGACCGCCUUCCGCCAGUACCAGCUCAGCAAGAACUUCGAGAAGAUCCGCAACUCGCUGCUGGAGAGCCGCCUGCCCCGGCGCAUCUCCCUGCGCAGGGCGCGGGCGCCCACGGCCGCCGAGAGCCUGGCAGCUGAGAGGGCGCUGGUGGAGAGCUGCGGGCUGCUGGGGCUGCCGCUCACGCGCGCGCCCUCCCUGCCGCCCGGCCUGGCGGGCACGCUCACCGAGCUCGAGGACUCCUUCACCGAGCAGGUGCAGUCCCUGGCCAAGUCCAUCGACGACGCCCUGAGCACCUGGAGCCUCAAGACCAUGUGCUCCCUGCAGGAGAGCGGUGCCUACCAGCUCCACCAGGCCCUGCACGCGGGCUCCGCACAGCCCGGCCUGGAGGUUGAGAUGAGGGAUCCGGACGGCAGCGGAAGCGGCGGCGCCGGCGCUGUCCCGGGGUCCGGGGAGGAGGCUGCGGAGGCCGGCCUGUCCCAGGGUCACAGCAGCACCCUCAUGAUGGCCUUCCGGGAUGUCACCGUGCAGAUCGCCAGUCAGAACAUCUCCGUGUCCUCCACGGCGCUGUCGGUGGCCAACUGCCUGGGCGCACAGGCCCCCGCCGCGGAGCCCGCGGCCAGCAGGGCCGAUCGCGACGAGGCCCCCGGGCUGGGGGACCAGGACGCCACAGCUCGGGGGGCCACCCCCACCGCGGACUCCUGUGCCGAGCCCGAGGCCGAGGCCGGCACCCAGCAGCCGGAGGCCGCAGAAGGCGUGGUGGAGGAGGCUGCGUCGGCUGAGGUGGAGGAGGAGGAGGAAGAGGAGGCCGGGAAAGCCGCCGAGGCGGAGGGGGGAGAGAACUCGGAGCGGCUCGGUGGUGGCAGCAGCGGCACCUCGGCCACGCCAGCCAGGCAGGGCCCCGAGGCGGCGGCCUCGGCCUCCAAGGAGGCCCUGCAGGCCAUGAUCCUGAGCCUGCCGCGCUACCACUGCGAGAACCCGGCCAGCUGCCGGUCCCCCACGCUGUCCACAGACACGCUGCGCAAACGUCUCUACCGCAUCGGCCUCAACCUCUUCAACAUAAACCCAGACAAAGGCGUGCAGUUCCUCAUCUCCAGGGGCUUCAUCCCCGACACCCCCAUCGGCGUGGCCCACUUCCUGCUGCAGCGCAAGGGCCUCAGCCGCCAGAUGAUCGGCGAGUUCCUGGGCAGCAGCAAGAAGCAGUUCAACCGCGACGUGCUCGACUGCGUGGUGGACGAGAUGGACUUCUCCGGCGUGGAGCUGGACGAGGCGCUGCGCAAGUUCCAGGCCCACAUCCGCGUGCAGGGCGAGGCGCAGAAGGUGGAGCGGCUCAUUGAGGCGUUCAGCCAGCGCUACUGCAUGUGCAACCCCGAGGUGGUGCAGCAGUUCCACAACCCCGACACCAUCUUCAUCCUGGCCUUCGCCAUCAUCCUCCUCAACACCGACAUGUACAGCCCCAACAUCAAGCCGGACCGCAAAAUGAUGCUGGAGGACUUCAUCCGGAACCUCAGGGGCGUGGACGACGGCGCGGACAUCCCCCGGGAGCUGGUGGUGGGCAUCUACGAACGCGUGCAGCAGAAGGAGCUCAAGUCCAAUGAAGACCACGUCACGUACGUGACCAAGGUGGAGAAGUCCAUCGUGGGCAUGAAGACGGUGCUGUCAAUGCCACACCGCCGCCUGGUCUGCUGCAGCCGGCUCUUUGAGGUGACGGACGUGAACAAGCUGCAGAAGCAGGCCGCGCACCAGAGGGAGGUGUUCCUCUUCAACGACCUGCUGGUGAUUCUCAAACUGUGUCCGAAGAAGAAGAGCUCGUCCACGUACACCUUCUGCAAGUCGGUCGGCCUGCUCGGCAUGCAGUUCCAGCUCUUCGACAACGAGUAUUACUCCCACGGCAUCUCGCUGGUGACGCCGCUGUCGGGCUCGGAGAAGAAGCAGGCGCUGCACUUCUGCGCGCUGGGCUCCGACGAGAUGCAGAAGUUCGUGGAGGAUCUGAAGGAGUCCAUCGCGGAGGUGACGGAGCUGGAGCAGAUCCGGAUAGAGUGGGAGCUGGAGAGGCAGCAGGGGACGAAGUCGCUGUCCCUCAAGGCCGGGGGUGCCCAGGUGGACGCUCAGCCCAAGCAGGGGUCCCCCCCAGCCAAAAGCCAGCCGGCGGCCGGGGAGAAGCCCGCGGCGGCGGCCGAGAGCCCGGGGGAGGUAUCAAUUCACAACAGGCUCCAAACGCCCCAGCACACGUCCGGGCUGGGGGCCGAGAGGGGACCUCCGCCAUCACCGCCACCACCGCCGCCGCCGCCGCCGCCGUCAGACCCGCAGCCUAGCCCCCCGGGGGAGCCGGCCCUGCGACCUCUGCCCCCCGCACCCCCUGGCACCCUGGUCCAGUGCCAGCAGAUCGUGAAGGUCAUCGUCCUGGACAAGCCCUGCCUGGCCCGCAUGGAGCCCCUGCUGAGCCGGGCCCUGUCCUGCUACGCCGCUGCCUCGUCCCCCACCCCCCUGCGGGGCCCGGGCUCCCCCACGGCCGCCCACCAGCCCCCGCUGCCCCCGCCCCCGCCCCCCUACAACCACCCGCACCAGUUCUGCCCCCCCAGCUCCCUGCUGCUCCGGCGCCGGGGCUCGGGCGGCUCCCGCAGCCUGGUGUAG